AUGUUCGACAUGUCGGCGGUACCGAUUUUCACGGGACAAAACUACUCCUCGGGGAAGUUUAAGUUCCAAGUGCUCAUGAUGGAGCGGGGACUUUGGGGUUUCUUCGAUGGAAUGGAGAAGAAGCCGGACGACGAGAGCGGCAUCGCGGCAUGGAAGAAGAAGGACCAAAAGGCGUUCGCUACGUUGAUUUCGCGCAUCGGCAUCAAUCUCGUGAGCGCGGUGCGCAUGUGCAUCAAGCUCGAAGCGUCGGCGCAUGAAGCGUGGAAGCGGCUCGAGACCAUCCACGUGAACAAGACUCUCCACGGCAAGAUCCUAGCCCGGAAUGCGUUCUACACGGUGAAGAUGCGCGCGGACAAAUCGAUGCACGAGUAUGCGACUCGUGUGGAGGAACUCGGGGAAACGUUCAUGGACCUCGGUGGAACGGCGCUGGACGAAGAGCGCAACGCGCACACGGCAUCCGGUGAGGCCGAUGAUUCAAAGGAGUCGCUCGUGUUAGUGGCCGGCAACGGGAACAAAACUCCAAGCGACGCGUGGUUCCUCGCUACCGGCGCAACGCAACACAUGACGCACUCGGCGUCGCUCCUCAACAACAUUGGCGCUCCGGGAGACAUCACAAGCAUCGUGUUCAGAAACAACGAAUCGCUACCGGUGGUUGGAGUUGGGAGUAUGCGCCUCAUCGUCGAUAGCGGACCGGUGGACGUCACGAACGUGCUUCACGUCCCGGGGGUGAAGGUGAACCUUCUAUCCGUCCCGCAACUUGCAAAGAAGGGCGUGAUCGCCACCAUCGACGGCGCGAAGAUGAACCUCUUUUGGAAGGGGGAGCAAUUCGCGCAAGGUGUUCUCAACGGAGAUAUCUACCAACUCAAGACGUACCCGAGAGCGGCUUCAUCCAACGUGGCGCAAGGCUCCAAGGCGACUCUUAAGACGUGGCAUAAUCGGCUUGCGCACGCCAACUACGAGUUGGUCAAGGAGUUGGCCAACAAAGGACUUGCGAAGGGAGUCGACGUGAUCACCGCCGACGACGAGAAGAGCGUGUGCGCGGCGUGUGUCUAA